AUGGGCGACCGACAAGCUGGUAUCCACUUGACGAAAAAGAAAAAGAGUAAUGAACUAGAAGCCAAAAAUACAUACAACAGCCAGGAUUCGCAUGUGGUCACCCACCAUACUACUAACUGGCCGGCGUGUGGCUUAAGUACGGCUGAGCGGACGGGAAGCCCUGUUCUCCACACCCUAUGGUCGUAUGUGAUAGUUUAG